UUUCGUUUCGACUUGCCUUAAGGAUGUACCGGUCCCUCGGUGUUCUUCUGGCAUUUUUCGUAGUGCUGCAUGCAGCCAAAGUACGGAAGCAACUAGCUUCCCAACAAUGUAUCCCGGAGGACGUCACUUUUCUGGUUGAUUCGUCAUCAUAUGUAGGAGCUGAUUACUUCAGAACACAAUUAGACUUUAUCAAAUCAACCAUAAAUAACUAUUACAUAGCUCCUCAGUGCACACGUGUAAGCUUAGUCACCUUCAGUGAUGGCGCCUACAACUCCUUCUACCUCAACCAGUACUCGAACAAGGCAGCGUUAUUCAACGCAAUUGACAAUAUCCAGUACAGACCGGGUUCGGCUAGACAAACAACCGAAGGUCUUAAGUACAUGAUGGCAAAUAGUUUCUCUACUUUACAUGGUGGGCGAAACAACGUGCCGCAUAUUGGAGUACUUGUUUCCAACGGAUUACCGGACAACACACAAGCAUUUCAGCAAACUGCCAACCAGGCAAAACAGGAUGGAAUUAAAUUGUACACAGUAGGAAUUGGCUCUGGUGGACACUUACAACAAUUCGCAACAGCAGCAAGCUCCCCCUACGGUCGUUAUUCUUUAGUGGCAGAUAGCUACUCGUCUAUUAAUGAUCUUUCAUACCCACUUGCGUACCGAACAAUGAGUGAGGCCCCAGCUGUGUCGUCUCAGAAACAAACAUGUCUACAACGAGCUGAUCUAGUUUUCCUCGUCGAUGGUAGUGGAAGUAUUGGACCAAACAAUUUCGACAAACUAAAAUCCUUCCUAAAAGGUAUCACAAGUCAACUUGAUAUUGGUGCCGACAAAGUCCAUGUUGGUGUCGAGCAGUUCAGCAACUAUCCGUCAAUUGAGUUUCCACUCAAUAUGCACACAACAAGCGCUGGACUCAGUACUGCAAUCGACAACAUCAACUACAUGAGCGGUGGUACCAACACUGGAAGCGCCAUCGAUUACAUGUCUCAGCAGAUGUUCUCCACGACAAGCGGAGCGCGUUCAAACGUUCCUAGAAUCGCUGUUGUCAUUACUGAUGGUAAAUCCUCCAGCUCCGCGGCUACUGCAACAGCUGCCGAUCAAGCCCGACUCAAUCACAUUUCCAUGAUUGCCGUUGGUGUCGGCAAUGGUGUUGACAUCAGCGAACUUCAUAGCAUCGCCGACGAUCCCGACAGUGCCAACACAUUUACAGUUAACAGCUACGAUCAACUCAACUCCAUUGCUACCCAAAUCAUCCAGAAGGCUUGUCAAGUGAGAACAACAGCUCCCCCAGCCACCAACACAAACUCUGGAGCCACUCUUCCACCCGAUCCUUGCCAAGACUCUCGCGCUGACUGUAAACGUUACGGACAGAAAGUUUGCAUAGACUACGCUCCUUGGGCUCAUGACAACUGCCAGAGAUAUUGUGGAUUCUGUACAGCUCUUUACACAACUGCCCCACCCCCCUGUGUUGACAACCUCUCCAACUGUCCUAACUAUGGAGAUUCCGUUUGUAACAACCCUCUGUACCAAGGAUGGGCAAAGGAUAACUGCCGAAAAUUCUGUGGCUUCUGUGGCCCUAGCGUCAGUGCUGUAGGGUUUUAUGGACAAUGUAACUACAAGGGAAAAUCUUACAAUCCUGGCGAGAAGUGGACAGAUGGAUGCGACUAUGAAUGUAUCUGUGAAGAUGGCGCCAGUGGCCGAUACAAGUGUUACAACAGGUGCCCCCUGUACUACAACAUGCCCGCGGAGUGUACCCUCGUCCGUGACCCCCAGGAAUGUUGCCAGAAACCCGUCUGUAACUUCAACCAGAACUUACAGACCUUUGAGCAGACUAACCCUGCCCAGACAGCAACUGGAGUCGGUGUGUGCGUGUACAAAGGAAAACAGUAUUUCGAAAGUCAGUCAUGGACUGACGGAUGUGACUACCAGUGUACUUGCACCAAUGGAAAUACAGGACUCUACAAAUGUCAAUCUCGUUGUCCCCGAUAUCAGUCCCUUCCACCAUAUUGCCAUAUGGUAAAGAAAGCCGGAGAGUGCUGUGCUCAACCAGUGUGUGAAUUCAACACUCAGACUGGAUCAUUCACAGGAACUGGUUCCAUCAGCGGUGUCGGAGUUGGUAAAACACCAACUACACCUCCACCAUGUGUGAAUCAGCUCUCUAACUGUGAAAGAUACGGCAAGGAUGUGUGUAGUGGAUUCGGUUCUUGGGCCUCUGUCAACUGCAGAAAAUACUGCAACUUGUGUGAUGUCAAACCAACUCCUGCCCCUGCAGAUCGCUGCAUGUACCAAGGUCAGGCCUACAGUCAAGGUCAAGGGUGGAAGGUCAGCUGUGACACUGAGUGUAUCUGUGAAAAUGCUAUUUAUGGAUAUUACAGAUGUACUAACACAUGCCCUAAAUACAACAACUUGCCAAAGGGUUGCUAUGAAGUGAAGAAAGCUGGAAAAUGUUGCCCAACUGUUGAAUGUGAAAAUGGAGUUUUACUGACUUCCACCAACAACCUGGGAACCAUUGGCAGUGGUGGCCUGAUCAAUGUGCUCCACCCACCGGUCCCACAAGCUGUCCCUACCCUCCCCAGUGGUGGCCAGCCCCUCCCAGGAACAGGAGGAACUGGAUUCAUGGCCCCAUCCCUCAAGGGAUGUUUGUACAAAGGUGUAAAGUACAUUCAAGACCAACUGUGGCAUGAUGAAUGUAAAUACACCUGUGAAUGCCAGGAUGCAAGUAAAGGACUCUACAAAUGCAAUGAAAGAUGUCCAACCUACAUUAACCUGCCUUCUGAGUGCACCUUUGUCACUGACCCCAAUGAUGCCUGCUGUAAGAAACCCAGCUGUCCAGAUCCCAGUACUCCCAUUGUUCCCACCUUUGGUCAGAGUAACAUUGGAUACGGAGUGGUCCAGCCCCCCAGUGUGAUUGACCUGUACCAGAACUACAGCCCCAUCCCCUACACCGUCAUCUAUAACACCGGUCCCACCACGCCUGCCCCAUCAGCCUCCAAUACUGGAGUAGGAUAUUGUCUGAGAAAUGGACAGAGACAUCUUCAAGGAGAGCAGUGGAAUGAAGGCUGCGAUUACAUCUGUACCUGUGAGGAUGCCACCACAGGAAAAUGGAAGUGCACUCAAAGGUGUCGUAUCUACUCCAACCUGCCCAAGCAGUGUUACUUGAUCCAGGACCCCGACGAUGCCUGCUGCCAGAAGCCCGUGUGUGACUUUAACCCUGUCACUGGUGUCCACAGCGGCUCCUACUCCCCCAUAGUCACGGUCACCCAACGCCCCACCACCACCCCACGACCAACAACACCCAAACCACAUGUUUGUAUUUACAACGGGAAGCAGUACAGCCAAGGACAAACGUGGUACGAUGGUUGUAACUACAAGUGUACCUGUGAUGAUGCCUAUGGUGGAAUCUACAGAUGUGUCAACAGAUGUCCAGUUUAUCAGAAUGUUCCUGAUGUGUGUACAAUGGUUCCUGACCAGAAUGACCCCACCUGCUGUCAGAUGCCCCAGUGUAACUUCUCACCGGUCACCAACACCGUACCCGGUCAGGGACAGGUGGUCUCCACCCUGGCUCCAGGAACCUACCAGGGAACCGGAACAGGCGUCAACAUCGGAUUCUGUGCAUACAAAGGAAAGCAAUACCAACAGGGACAGACCUGGGACGAUGGCUGUGAUUACCGCUGUGAAUGUAAAGACCAGAACACAGGAAGAUAUGUCUGCUCUGAUAUGUGCCCACGAUACAGCAGCUUACCAGCCCAGUGUAAGCUGAUCCAGGACUUCAGAAACCCAUGCUGUAAGGUGCCAGACUGUGGAUUUAGUGGAACCACGGGAACCAUCUCUGGACAGAAUACCCUGGCUCCUCCAAUGCCAGGACAGCCCACCCCCUCUCCUAACCCCCUCAAUCCCAAUCCAACACCAGGCAUGGGCGUGCCUGUUCUGAAUUACUGUUUGUACAAAGGAGUGAAAUAUUACCAGGGACAAUCCUGGGAAGAUGGAUGUGACAAGAAAUGUCUAUGUGACCAGGCUUCUGAGGGACUCUACACUUGUAAUGAUAGAUGUCCAAAGUACACCCAGGCUCUGCCCAAGGAGUGCCGAAUGGUGACCUCCCCCACAGACUCCUGCUGUCAGGAACCUAAGUGUGACAUCCCAUCCCUGCUGACCAACAUCUCAGGAACCAUUUCCCCCGGCAUGAUCCCCACUCUAGCUCCCCCUGGUGUCAUCUCAGGAAAUGCCAAUACCCCCACUCCCAUGCCACAAGCCCCUGGACAGACAACGGUAGCACCUAAACCCCUCAACUACUGUGUAUACAAAGGUCUACAGUAUGCCACUGGAUCCCGAUGGGAUGAUGGUUGUGAUUACACUUGUGUUUGCACAGAUGGAAUGACAGGACAUUAUGACUGCACAGAAAAAUGCCCAAGAUAUGGCCAAUUACCCCGUGAAUGCUACCUCACCAAAGAUCCAGCCAACCCUUGUUGUCAGAAACCUGAAUGUACCUUCAAUCCAUCAGUCAGUGAAUUCACUAAUGCCCCAACAACCAAAGCUCCCUUGCCAGGAUUUACCAACGCUCCUACUCCUCAACCCACCGGCCAGCCAAACCCCAACCCAUACCCAACUCCAGCUCUCCCCAAAGCUGUGUGCGUCUACAAGGGAAAGAGUUACACCCAGGGUCAGCAGUGGUUUGAUGGCUGUGAUUACACCUGUACAUGUGAAAAUGCUAUGACAGGUGUAUACAGAUGCAGCAGGAGAUGUAUUGAAUAUCCCCAAAUGACCCCAGGCUGCAGCCUUGUUGCUGAUCCCAAGGACCCACUCUGCUGUAAAGUACCCCAGUGUCAGGUCCCACCCAAGUACAGCAACCAGACAGGCUUCAUCAACAUUCCCACUCCCCCACCAGGUGUUAUCACUGGAGGUUCCGUCACAAAGGCUCCCACCCCUCAGCCCACAUUGGCUCCUGGCCUCACUCCCUCUCCAGGCUCCCCAACUCCUGGUGUGACACCAGCUCCAAUCCCUGUUUGUAUCUACAAGGGAAGCAAGUACACACAAGGACAAAGAUGGCAAGAUGGCUGUGACUUCAACUGUGAAUGUACAAAUGCUAAUACUGGAAACUACAGAUGUACUGAAAUGUGCACUAAAUACAAUGGACUCCCCCCUCAGUGCCAGCUGGUCACGGAUGUCAACAAGCCCUGUUGUAAGAAGCCUUACUGUAACUUCCAGGGAGUCACGAUCCAGGUCACAGGAACCCCCGCUCCUAACAUGGGGACCACCAUAGCCCCCAACCCCCUCAACCCUACUGGCCCCACACUGUUCCCAACCCCCACUCCUCCAGAGGUUUGUGUAUACAAUGGAGUACAAUUUAAACAAGGAGCUACAUGGCAAGAUGGCUGCUCCCUGAACUGUGUCUGUGAAAAUGGAAAGACAGGUUUCUACAGAUGUAAUGAAAGAUGUGCCCGAUAUGACCAGGUACCUGCUGGCUGCACCAUGACAACUGACCCCAGUGACAGCUGCUGUAGAAUCCCUCUGUGUACCCCACAGCCAGUCUCCACCCCGGCUCCACAACCGGGUCAGACACUGAGCCCCAACCCCACACCACCCCAGGUCCCCGUGGUUACAGGAUCAGUCAUUGGAAUAGGUGUAACCCCAACACCUAGACCUGGUCAGACCCCAGUACCCAAUCCAGUACCAGUGUGUGUCUACAAAGGUGUGCAGUACACACAGGGACAGAAAUGGGAUGAUGGAUGUCAGUACAAGUGUGAAUGUAUAGAUGCCAAUGCUGGAAAGUACAAGUGUACUAAGAGAUGUGGAGAGUUCCCCAGCCUGCCUGCUGAGUGCUCCUUGAUCAAUGAUCCCAAAGACCAGUGCUGCAGAGUACCAUUCUGUCAGCCAACUCCAGUCAAUACCCCUGCACCAAACCCCAUGGUCACCCCAAAUCCAAACCCUAAUCCUCAACCAGGAACCACCAUAGCCCCAGGAGUAAAUCCCACACUGGCACCAAAUCCUAAUCCUAACCCCAAUCCUAAUCCCAACCCAACACCAGUACCUCAACCUAAAAACAUUUGUGUGAUGAAUGGUCGUACCUACACCCAGGGACAACAGUGGUACGAUGGCUGUGACAGGAUCUGUAGAUGUGAGGACGGAAGCACUGGGUUCUACAGAUGUCAGGACAGAUGUCGCAAAUACGACUCUGUCCCACAAAACUGCAUUCUUGUGGCAGAUCCCAAGGAUCCUCAAUGCUGUAAGGUACCCUCCUGUAUCCCAGGACCCAAUGGUUUCCCCACCCCCACCCCAGGACCUGAUGGAUCCACUGUCGCUCCACAACUCAUCACCAAUGUCCCAGUAGGCGUGGUCACAGGAUACGCCAAGCCAACACCCACAGCCACCCCUGCUCCCGUCCCAGUGGGAGGAACAACAGCCAAGCCCAUGCCAACACCUGCUCCCCCAAAUGUCUGUGUAUAUAAGGGAGUCCAGUAUGCUCAGGGACAGAGAUGGCAAGACGGAUGCUUAUAUAACUGUGUCUGUGAGAAUGGAAUGACUGGAAAAUACAAGUGUACUGAGAGAUGUGCAGCCUACCCAGCCCUGCCUCCCUACUGUAAACUGGUACAGGAUCCUAAUGACUACUGCUGUCAGCAGCCUCUGUGUAACUACCAGACACAAGCCCCAUCUGUCCCCCCAUCACUGACCCCCAGCCCCGCUCCAGGACACCCCACGGUGGCUCCAAACCCUAACGCCACACCAGCUCCAAAUCCUAAUGCCACACCAGCACCCAAUCCUCUGGCUGUGUGUGUAUACAAGGGAAUUACCUACCAGCAGGGUGCUACUUGGAAUGAGGGCUGUGUGAAGAGAUGUCGCUGUGAUGAUGCUGACAAGAAUAUCUACACAUGUUUUGACAGAUGUCCAUCCUACAAACUGAACCCAGGCUGUGUGAUGACCACAGAUCCCAAAGACCCCUGCUGUCAGGUGCCCUCUUGUACUGUGAUCCCCACACCACUGCCAGUCAAUACACCAUCCCCAAUGCCAGGAAUGAACACUGUGGUGCCAGGAACUGUCCCCACCCCUGUCCCAUCAGCCUACCCAUCUCCAAUCCCCACCGGACAAGUGGGUACCAUUGUAGGAAAACCCCAGGUUCCUCCUCUCAGAGCAUUGUGUGACUACAAGGGAAUGCAGUAUGCUACGGGACAAAAAUGGCAGGAUGGUUGUCAGUAUGACUGUGAAUGUAUUGAUGGAAUGACUGGACAGUACAGAUGUACUGAGAAGUGUCCAAGAUAUCCCCAAAUCCCAAGUUACUGCAUCUUGGCACAGGAUCCUAAAGAGCCGUGCUGUAAAGUCCCAGUCUGUACUACUGUUGCUCCCACACCACAGCCUGGUGUAACCCCCACCCCAGGAGCAAUAAAAACCCCCCUCCCAGGAUCCACCUUCCCACCAACACUGAUGCCCCCUGUGACCCCAGGACCCAUACCCACUCCACCACAACCAAAGAAUGUGUGCAUCAUGAAUGGCAAAUCCUACACACAAGGACAACAGUGGGAUGAUGGAUGUAAACAGAUUUGUGUUUGUGAUGAUGGAACAACAGGUCACUACACUUGCAGAUCAAGAUGUGCUCAGUAUCCUAACAUUGCACCAACCUGCAUCAUGGUUCCAGAUCCCAAUGAUCCCAAAUGUUGCCAGAUUCCACAGUGUGACCAGACCAAUCCUAACCAGCCAUCCGGAGUCACUGGCAGCAUCACUGGCACCAAUCCCCCAACUCCAGUACCAAAUGUCACUCCAACUCCCAACCCUAAUCCCAAUCCCAAUGUCAGUCCUACACCAAAUCCUUAUCCAAAUCCAACACCUUACCCAGGAGGCACCUACCCUCCCUAUCUGAUCCCAUCAGUGGGACCCAAUGUGACACCAGCUCCAGGAACACAGACCACACAGGCACCUCCUGUAACUCCUCAGCCUAAGGUCUGCAUAUACAAGGGCAAGGCCUACACCCAGGGACAGAAAUGGAGAGAUGGAUGUGACUACAACUGUGAGUGUCUGGACGGAAUGACCGGCAAAUAUGUGUGUACAGAAAUCUGCCCCCGCUACCCCAAUCUGCCGGUGGGAUGUGUCAUGGUCAAUGACCCGGCCAAUCCUUGCUGUAAGAAGCCAGACUGCAGUAACCCAACUCCUCUACCAGUCCUGACCCCAAGUCCUAAACCAGGAGUCAGCCCCACACCGGCCCCCAUGAACACACCCACUCCAAGUUUCUGUGUCUACAAUGGAAUCCCCUACCAGGCAGGCAAGACAUUUGAGGACGGCUGCGACAAGAUCUGUACCUGUGAGAAUGGCAUGGCUGGCCAGGUGACAUGUAAAGACAGAUGCCCCACCUUCCCCCCAUUGAAGGCUGGCUGUAAGAUGGUGACAGACCCUAAUGACAAGUGUUGUCAGACACCAAACUGUGUGGAUCCCAUCACUCUCACCCCCUACAGCCCUGGUGGUACCAUUGACGGAGGAAAUGUCCCCAAUCAACCUGGCUCCCCUGUCACCGGUGGCAGAAAUGUGUGUGUAUACAAUGGAAAGAUUUACACUCAGGGACAACAGUGGGAUGAUGGAUGUACCUACCACUGUGUGUGUCUGGACGCCAGCACUGGUCACUACCAGUGUACAGAGAAAUGUAACAGAGUUCCACAGUUGCCUUCCUACUGUACAAUGGUUAACGAUCCAAACAACCAAUGUUGUCAGAUGCCCUACUGCCAGAACCCCAACCCAACACCUGCACCCACACUCUCACCUAAUGGCUCCCCUACACAGCCACCAAGCCCUGGACCAAAUGUGAACCCUACACCAGCUCCCAAGCCUAAAGAUGUGUGUGUAUUUAAGAACAGCCAGUACUACAAACAGGACCAGCAGUGGUAUGAUGGAUGUAAUGCUGUGUGUCGAUGUGAGAACGCAGCCACAGGCUACUACAGAUGUCAGGAAAGAUGUGCAAGAUACACCAGUGUACCGUCUGAGUGUACUCUGGUUCCUGACCCCAAAGACCCAUCAUGUUGUCAAGUACCAAAAUGCCCAGUUAAGCCUACAGCUGGCCCAGUGCCCACCCCAGGAUUUGUGCCCACACCGAUCACUGUUAAGCCAGGAGUACUGACCGGUCUCGCCCCUGUGCCCACAAAUCAGCCCACACCUUCCCCAGCCCCAGGCCAGACACCUGGACCAACUCUGGCACCACCUCUGCCCAAGUCUGGAUGUUACUACAAGGGUGUGGUUUACAACAAGGGAGUGAACUGGUCUGAUGGUUGUCAGUAUGAUUGUGUUUGUUUGGAUGAUAUGACAGGACAGUACAAGUGUACUGAAAAGUGCACCAAGUAUCCCAACCUGGAUAGUCACUGUGUUUUGAUUCAGGACCCACAAAAUCCAUGCUGCCAGAAGCCUUACUGCGACUUUGUCAACCCUACACCAUUCCCUAAUGGCAUCCCCACCCCACAGCCCAUCAUGACCCCUUCACCACUGCCAGGUAACCCCUCAGUGGCCCCCAACACUGUACCCACACCAGCUCCUAACCCCACACGAGCCCCUCCCCCGGGAUACUGUGUGUACAAGGGUGUGUUCUACACUCAGGGUCAGACUUGGAAUGAUGGCUGUGACAAGACCUGUCAGUGUGACGAUGUGACAACGGGAUACAUCUCCUGUCAUCCAAGAUGCCGAACCUACCCAAGUGUUCCAGCUGGCUGUGUCCUAAAAACAGAUCCUAAAGACAGUUGCUGUGUGGCCCCAGACUGCAACAAGCCCAACGCCUUGAACCCAACCCCUCAACCUAAUCCCACACCAGGACCCGGUGGUGUCACAUUGAACCCCCAGUUGAACCCCAGCACUAGUGGCAUCAUGAUCUACCCCUCACCGGUCCCCACUGGAAGCUUCAUAGGAAGUGGCAUCAACCCAGGAACCAGUGGUUCAGGCUCAGGCUUCCCUGGCUCUAACAUUAUUACUGGAUCUGGAAGGGCCUGUAUCUACAAGGGUGUGGCCUACAACCAAGGAGAUAAAUGGGAGGAUAACUGCCAGUAUAAGUGUGAGUGUAUCGAUGCCAGUCGAGGACAGUACAAGUGCACAGACAGAUGCUACACCUACCCACCACUUCCACCACAGUGCAGCUAUGAGCGUGACCCCAAUGAUGCCUGCUGUCAGAUUGCCAAGUGUUCCCCUUACAUACCAACCUUCAAUCCAACAGUGGGUCCCAACACAGUACCUGUCAUCACACCCACACCCGGACCUAACACACCUGUCGUUGUCAACCCAGGGACUACCAAACCUAUAGGAGGCUCCCAGACCACUAGACCAAUUAUCAUCAAUCCUAACACCAAUCCACCUGUCACGGGAACUCCAACCACUCAGAAUCCCAUCGUUAUUAAUCCCGGCAGCAAUACUCCCGGCACUGGCUCUAACACCACUCCAAAACCAUCAAACAUGUGCCUGUACAAGGGAGGCCUUCACCCACAAGGCUCAAACUGGCAGGAUGGAUGUGAUUACACUUGUUAUUGUGUGGAUGCUAUGUCCAAUAGCUACAGAUGUCAGGCCAGAUGUAAGACCUUCUCCUCCAUCCCAUCGUACUGCCACCUGAUCCCAGAUCCCGCGGACCAAUGUUGUGAGAAGAUAGAGUGCACUGCUCCUAACGGUCAGGUCCUCACCCCACAGAUCCCAAGCGGACCCACAGUUUCGCCAACUCUGGCCCCCAGCAUUCAGCAUGUGAUCCCUGUAGGAACCCACCAGGUCUUCACAGGAUCAGGACAGCCUAACUUCCCUAUUGGUGGAGCCCCAGGAACUUCUGGAAGUAGAAGUGGAUGUGUAUACAAGAGCACAGUUUAUCAUCAAGGACAGUCCUGGGAUGAUGGAUGUAAAUACGUGUGCAGCUGUCAAGAUGAAGCCACUGGUCUUUACAAAUGUACAUCUAAGUGCCCCACUUACCCACCCCUGCCCAGCUAUUGUAGUUUUGUUAAUGUACCUGGACAAUGCUGCCCCACUCUCAGCUGUAACAGUCCUGACUUUGGCAAAUACAACCCUGCUCCCCAACUGUACCCCACUCCAGCUCCCUCUGUUCAACCCUCUCUGGCACCCCACGUCAUCAACCCAGGCUACAACCCAGGAACCAGUGGCAGCCAAGUGGUACCAGGCACCGUAGCAACAGGAUUCACCGGAAGUAGAAACAGUCUCUGUAUCUACAAAAAUAAACUGUACAACCAGGGAGAUAAAUGGGAUGAUGGAUGUGAAUAUUCUUGUGAAUGUAAAGAUGCAAACAGUGGAUACUAUGAGUGUACACCUAAAUGCCCGAACUACAACCUCCCAUCCAACUGUUACCUGAUGCGAGCUGGAGGAGAUUGCUGUCCACAGCCCAUGUGUAGAAAUCCAGAUGGCAGCACCGUCAACCCUCUGACCUCUCCAGGGUCCCAGUACCCUGUGUUUGGAACCUACCCCGGGGGCUUCACAGGAUUCCGACCCGGAUAUGUUCAACCUUCAACCUCAGGCACAUCAUUCACAAACCACUCAAAUGUAUGUAUCUACAAGGGCUCAGUGUACAGACAGGGUAACACUUGGGAGGAUGGAUGUGACUUCACCUGUACCUGUGUGGACGAGUCCAGAGGAAUAUACCAAUGUACUGCCAGAUGUAAGACCUACACUUCUCUCCCAUCAGUCUGCAGGCUCUAUGACGUUCCUGGUGAAUGCUGUUCUGAAGUCAGAUGUAAGACCACAGACACUUCCCCCACCCCUCCAGUCAUCGGCUUCUCCACCCCCAGGCCUUACCUCGACCCACUCUGCCACGACACCAUCGACAACUGUAAGAGCUAUCAAAAGGAUGUGGCCUGUCACGGCGCCUACGAACCAUGGGCAAGAACUCACUGUAACCUGACCUGUGGAUUCUGCACCCCAGCAGUUGUAGUACCAACAGUCUGUGCUGACAGAAUUAGCAACUGUGCCCAGUAUGGUAAAUCAGUCUGCCAGGGAACUUAUCAACCAUGGGCCACCGACAACUGUGCUAAAUACUGCGGACUUUGUCAGACUUCUGGAGGAUCCCCAACAACCCCAGCCCCCACAGUAAACACAGGUUGUCAGAAUAAGAUCAACAACUGCCCGGCCUUUGGAAAGAGUGCGUGUACGGGACAGUUUGAGCCCUGGGCCCGGGACAACUGUCGUCUCUACUGUGGAUUCUGCAGUUCCACUGGAUCAGUAAUCAACUACCAGGUUAUGCCUCCCACAGGUUACACGACCCUGAUGAAGGGAGUGGCUGGAGUCCCCGGAGAUAUGUACCAGAUCUGGACGAGCCCUGCCACAAUGAACACCAACAACCCCCAGGCCAUGUAUCUGACUAAUCAGUUCAAAGGACAUUACAAAACAGACCUAUCACGCUGGAAUGACAUGUGUCUAGACAGGAUCAGGGUAUCAAUCUACAAGAAUGGACAAGAGAAAGCCUACAUUGAGUUCAAUGCUGUUGGUGCCAACCAGAACAACUGGUUUGAUCCCAGCAGAAUCAUCUCUUCUAGCUACACGGACAUCAAAACAGCCGCCAAGGAAGUCUUCAGUAUGAUGGGAGACACCUCUACUGGUCGUGAGUUCCUUAUGAGCCAGCAUUCUAACUCUCAGUGUGACACUUAUGGAUGGAUCAUGAUCUCCACUCAGAAUAACUGCCCGUUCGAGGCCAGCUCUGGGGGCAAGCCUGCCUUCUUGUACGCACCAGGCCAAACCUCUUCCCACUUUGAACAAACUCAAGUUGGAACUGGAGAUGUUCUGGCCAUUAUGGGACAUCAGGGAACAUGCAUUGCCACUAUGAUGCCCACUCAAAUAAUCACAAGCAGUUAUGCCUGUGUGUACAACAACAAGGUCUACAACCAAGGAGACAGCUGGACGGAUGGCUGCAAGUACAACUGUACUUGUACUGAUGCCAGAUAUGGAAACUACCAGUGUUUGGAGCUUUGCCCAACCUAUUCUCAUCUUCCACAAGGAUGUUCACUUGUCAAACAACCAGGAUCCUGCUGUGCCGUACCAGACUGUGGCACCCAUGUCUACAACCCUAACAGCAAUAAUGCAGCUGAGAGAGGUCUGUGUUACUACAAAGGAGAUGUGUACUCCCAGGGAGAAAACUGGAAUGAUGGAUGUGAUUUCAAAUGCACUUGUCUUGAUGCCACCAACGGAAGAUACCAGUGUAAUCCAAAAUGCAUGAGCUGGCCAAGUCUGCCUGCGGGCUGCACACUGGAAGCCCCAGCACCAGGAUUAUGCUGUCAACAACCCAAGUGUCCAUCUAAUGUACAAAUCAAUUUCCCUCCGGGAUACCAAAUAGAAUAGACACAUUCUUUAUAGGAACACUAUUUAUUUGUGCAAUGUUUAACAAAGACUAUACAAUUGGUGCAUACACUCUACAAUUUGUUAUUUAAUAAAAUUAUAUUUUGUUA